UCUUAGUUAUUGAUCGUGUUUUGUUGUUAUCCCAGUUUGCUAGAUUUGUGUGUGAAAAAAGAAAGAAAUGGCAGAUAAGUACGAUUCAAACGGUGAUUACGGCACUUACGCUGAUAAUUUCAAGCGUAAAAGUAUAGCAGACAAGUUAAAUGAAGCAGCUGAAGGAGAAAAUGACGAAACUAAUCCGGCAACACAAAAAGCCGGGGAGUAUGUCAGAGAGUUAUUAGCCGAAAAACUAACAAUGGAUCAAAAUAAACAACCAAAUGCAUGUAGACUCAUUGACCAAGAAAUCACGAAGGUACAAGCAAUGGGAAAAAUUCCCCAAAAAGACGUAAAAUACGUCGACAUUUAUAGGGAAAAGCCUAUCAAAGUAACAGUAAAAGUUUUAGUUCCAGUAAGAGAACAUCCAAAGUUUAACUUUGUCGGAAAACUCCUUGGACCUAAAGGAAACUCAAUGAAGCGUCUACAGGAGGAAACCAUGUGCAAGAUGGCUGUUCUCGGUAAAGGGUCAAUGAAAGAUCGUCAGAAAGAAGAAGAGCUUCGCAAUUCUCUUGAUCCAAAGUACGCUCACUUGAUGGACGAUCUCCACGUUGAAAUAUCGGCUUUGGGACCGCCGGCAGAAGCUCACGCUCGCAUUGCAUUCGCUCUAGCUGAAGUUCGAAAAUAUUUGAUUCCCGAUAAUAACGAUAACAUCAGACAGGAACAAAUGAGGGAAAUGGAAAUUAUGACAUCUUCAGACAUACCGAUCGAGGAACCGAGAAGCUCAAGGCGCGCUCCAGGAAUUCUUCGAGCAGCAACAAUACCUCGGCCACCAGUUCCCAUGAGAACCGCAACCAGAACGCCGGUUGUGACUCCCAGGGUGAUGCCAGCAAAGACAAAAAUAAUGUCAAUUUUGGAUCGUGCUCGCAUAGCAAUGGAAGAAAGUUACGGUUUUGAGGAUUCAUACGAACCCACUGACGUUUACGAGCCAUAUUCCAGUUCAGUGUCCCAUUCAAGGUCCUAUUCAAGCCACCACUAUGAACCAGAUUACGAACCCGAGUACUACCGUGAAAGUUCUAGUUCAUAUGAACCAUCGCAGCGGUGGAAGUCUUAUAAAACUGCAAGCUCAUCAACUUCUCGUCACAGUGACACUACUCGUUAUCGCACUUCCCCCUACACUCGCCCAAAUAAAUAAGUUUAGCGUUGAGUUCAUUUCAACAAUUUUCACUGUUUAAUACUAAUAACUGUAAUUUAUUCAACGUUAACAUCACUGGUGUCAUAUUUCUUGUCAAAAAAUAAAAGAUCUGAUUAUUUAACGAAGCGCGUUACUGGGAUCUGAAUGGUUGCUAAUGUUCGGGCAUGUGCUAAUAAUACGCCUUUCAUCAACAACGAGAGUACAAACAUAAUACGUAAUAUGUAUUUGUGUCAAUACUCGCAAAUGGCUGAACCAUGGUAGGUACAAAUCGCAUUAGCAAGCCCUGCGUUCACGGACCAUGCAGAUCUUUAUGUUCAGCGCUCUAAUAUUAUUAUUUAUUUAGCUUCCUCGAGAAAAAAAAUUUAUUCAUAUAGAAUGACUGAUUUAUUUAUUUAUAUUAAAUAGUAUCAAAUCGUUUAUUUUUAUCAAAAAUAACCGUAUUAAACUUGUAUUUAAUAGCGACAACUUAAAAAGCAAUUUAACUCAGAUAAUAUAAGCUUAAACAUUUAUAUGGAACGUAAAUCAAGUUAAUGUAAUUUUCAAGAUGUAAAAUGAGCUAUUCUUUAAGAAAUCGGAUGUACGAGACAAUGUAGUUCAGGCUUACAGAAUAGCUCGCUAAAAGCUAAUGUAGAUGUUUAGAUUAUAUCAAUUAGAUUGAAUUAAAUUGUAUCGUGUCUUCAAUAAAAAUCGAAUAGGACAAAACAUUUCUCGUUAAUUCCCUUAUUAAUAUCUAUUAUUUUAAAUUUCUAGUGCACAUACGUCUUAUUAUCUCAGGUAAAGUAUUAAUCUUAACAUAUUAAAUAUCAAUUAAACUGCGCUAAUUUAAUCGUUAAAUAUAUUUAUAAUUUAUUUUAAUUAU